AUGACUGAUGAGCAGAAACAAAAGAAGCAGGAAUUGAUUGCAGUAAUGAAAGAGGAGAAGGAACCAGAUACGUUGUUUGGCAAGAUAAAGUAUUACAUCAAGCGCUACUGGUAUAUCGCAGUACCCGCACAUAUGGUUGGUAGUACAGCAUGGUUUGGAGGACUUUACGCCUUGGUGCAUUGCGGUGUAGAUGUCAUUGCUCUUCUUCGUACGUUGCAUAUGCCAGACGUCGUUAUUGAGAAAAUCGAGAAUGUUCCUCCCAGUGCAGGCGUUCUUGUUGUGGCUCUGAUUUUGUACAAGAUAGCGACACCUCUACGGUACAUGACGACUCUUGUCCUCAUUCAAGCAACGUUUUGGACACUUCGCAGAAUGGGGAAGCUUCGAACUGCACGAGAAGUCGAGUUCAAGGUGCGCACAGAGUAUGAGAAGAACAAACUUAAGUACGGCAGGAGGCUAUAUAGGUACCGCAACAUGGGCGUGCGAGAUAUACUACGAAAGAACUCUCAAGGUCAUAUCGGAAAAGAUGACUCCCAAAGUUCAGGACGCAAGGAUUAA